CCCAAACCCCUCGGUGUUUUUGUUGAUGUUGAAUGGCCAGGUUGAAUCAGGAGAGUUUCCAGAUUUUGAUGAACUCUACUGCAAGUUCUCGUUCCAUCACGGGCAGGACUGGGUUGUCACAAGUGGGUUAGAGGAGGGGAUUUCCCAGAUCACCCGUCGAAGCCGCGAUGAUCGGGAGUUGUUCGUUUGGAAUUUCCCCCUGGAUGUUACGUAUAAAAGCACCAACCCGCAUGGAUGGCCCCAACUAGUGGUAAGUUGUUACGGCCCUGAUUCAUUCGGGCGUGACGUCGUCCAUGGUUACGGUUCAAUGCACAUCCCGAUGGUCCCUGGAAAACAUCGAGUGAAAGUCGCCAUGUUUGUUCCCGUGUCAACUUCCAAGUUGCAACAAAUAACAAGUUGGCUUCUUGGGCGUCGGCCGGAGUUCGUUGACCCCAAGGUUGUUGCGCAAGGUGAAGGUCGAGAGGUCACGAGAGUUCGUUCACAAGGUCAUGUCACGGUGACUUGCAACAUUGUGACUCGGGAUUUAAAGAAACUUGGUUACGAUUUACAACCUUCGGAUGUCACCAGCAUACCAGUUGCUACUAUGACGUAAUAAACACUAUAUUACGUCAUAAUGUUCUUUAUAAGAUGGUUAUUGUUACGUCACAAUGUACAUAAUUGUAAAUUUUUAUUUUUAUUAUGAAAUAAAAUAUCGUGGAUCCCGUGAUUUUUUCACUAUGACGUAUAAAUGAUCGUCGCCCAAGUGUUACGUGACGUCAUAAUCGGUCACGCGUUGACCACGUGGUACAAAUCAGUUGAGUCAUUGUGUUCGAGUAGGUUCGACAAAAGGUCAGGUUUCAGCAUGGAUGAGUGCAUUAAAAUCCCCGACGAUUUUAAAGGUUACCCGAUAUCACAAUUCUGCAUCCCAAAGCAUUAUGAGGACGAUUUAGAAUGUGUCAUAAUUCCUAAAGGUUUCGUCUUGGAUAGAACCGAAAGACUAGCAAGAGAUAUUUUCCAGAAUAUUGACUUGACUAAACCAACAGCAGCAUUGUGUGUUUUGAAGGGGGGUUACCAAUUCUUUAACGAUCUAAUUCAUUUCUUAAAACAACUAAAUGCAAACACUAACCGCUCGUGUCAACUUUCAAUCGAUUUCAUUCGUUUGAAAAGUUAUUCAGAUGACCAAUCGACUGGGACGGUUCGUGUGAUCGGUGGCGACGAUUUGUCGAAUCUCCGGGGUAAAAACGUUCUUAUAGUUGAAGACAUGAUUGACACCGGACGAACUAUGACGAAGUUGUUGAGUGUGUUGGAGCAAUACAAACCACACACCGUUAACGUUGCAAGCUUGUUGGUGAAACGAACAUCGAGAAGCGUUGGCUACAGACCAGAUUAUAUCGGUUUUGAGGUCCCCGACCAUUUUCUGAUCGGGUACGCUUUGGAUUACAACGAGUAUUUUCGUGAUUUGAACCAUAUUGCAAUCCUCAGCAGCAAAGCCAAGGAAAAAUAUUCGUCAGCAAAUAUUUCAUAGACAUCAUAAACUUUGUAAACAAAAGUUCCGUGCGUGCGUGCUAGCUGCCAUUUUAAAACAUUUCAUAAAUUUGUUUGUUGUAAAUUUUUUCAUGCUGGUGAUUUUUACCAUCGUCAUUUUGUGUUGUGAUGUCAUAAUCAUUUGUUCAGGAUUACCUAAAUUAGUAAACUUUGUUCA